AUCGCCGAUGGUCAGUGUCUUGGUUUUAUCAUUAAGGAUUUUAUUUUAAAAAUCAGUCAUAAAAAAUAAAAUUACUAUUUUUUUUUUUUUUUAUUCAAAUAUAUGUCAAGUGAUGAUUUAACAUGUGAUUUUUUUAACAAGUGAUUUUUAUUUUUUUAUUAAUAAUUAAUUUUAUUAAUAUGUGAUAAUUUUUAUUUUUUAUUAAACAUUAAGUUAAAGAAAAAAAAACAAUAUGCAGGACCAAGCUCGGUACUGGUGGAAGCUGAUGUACAUCGCUGACGCCAAAGGUAUAAUUGCCGGUUUGGCUGCACACUCUGGUCAAAUAUCUGUCGGACUGUCCCAAGGAUUCAGUGCGAUAUUGGUACCAAAAUUAGUAAAAUCAAAUUUUGCGAGCAUCAAUGAAGCCUCGUGGGUUGCGUCAUUGGGGGUUAUAUCGAAUCCAUUGGGUGCAUUUAUUGCUGGGAUAACUGCUGAGUGUAUUGGCAGAAGGACGGCAAUAGCACUGGCAACAUUGCCUCAUGUUACCGGUUGGUUACUUAUUGCCUUUGCGCAUGACGUACCAACAUUAUAUGCCGGAAGAUUUAUUGGCGGUAUCGGUACCGGGAUGGCGAACGCUCUUUAUCUCUACGUCACUGAGGCCGCAGCACCACAUCAAAGAGCCUGGUUAGCAUCAGCAGGACCAAUUCUCGUAUCAUUCGGAGUCUUGGGAAUCUAUGCACUGGGCGCCUUAACAACUUGGCACAGUAGCGCAGCAAUAAGUAUAAUUCCAGCGAUUAUUUCAUUAGCUCUUACAAGAGUAAUACCCGAAUCACCAGCAUGGCUAGUCCGUAAAAAUCGUCUUGAUGAAGCAAAGCAAGCCUUGAUUUGGCUCCGUGGACCUGGAUUAGUUUGCGAGCACGAAUACAAAGAACUGUGCACCUCAAAUGUCCAGCAACUGACAAUAAAGUCUGAAAAUUUAGCUAAAGUAAUAAAAAACAUAUGGAGACCUUUCAUAAUAUUGUUUAUAUUCUUCGCAUUGCAGCAACUGUGCGGUAUCUACAUAAUACUUUUUUACGCGGUUAAUUUUUUGAAAGACAUCGGUACAGAUAUCGAUGAAUACGUAGCGAGUGUCGGAGUUGGUGUGAUUCGUCUCGCUGCGGCCAUUUUGGGCGCCGGGUUGGCCAACCAUUUUGGUAGGAAAAGUCUUGCCUGUACCAGCGCACUGGGAAUGGCUCUAUCGUCUGGUGGUAUUGCAGUCGCUAUUAAAUAUCACGUGGUACCAACAUGGAUACCAUUGAUAUGCAUUGCACUUCAUGUCGCAUUUUCAAUGAUCGGUUACUUAACUCUCCCCUGGGUCAUGACCUCAGAAUUGUAUCCCCUUAAAUAUCGCAGUACCGCUGGUGGUUUGACGACAGCCAUUGCCCAAAUUAUGACAUUUGCUGCGAUAAAAACUUACCCGCAUCUAAAUACUACCAUUGGUGUCCAACCGACUUUGUAUAUUUUUACAAUAGCUGCGUUAAUUGGCGCACUAUUUGCUAGCACUAUUUUACCGGAAACCAAAGGGAAAAGUUUGGACGAAAUUGGCAAAGGGCUUUCGUCAUCAAAUGUAAAGAAUAAUAAUUGUAAUUUAAUUGUUAACGAUAGAUUUUCAAUGCUACCUGAUGAUAAAUAUGUUAUAUAUCCUAAUGACAUUGUUGUACCUAAGGAAUAUAAUAAUUUAGGAAUGGAUUUGAGUGAUGAAAAGGACGUUGUGUUGAGGUCUGAAGUAGGCAACAAUCAGGAAAAUUUUAGAGAUAUGGGUGUUUUAAAAAUUUCGACAUUAGAGCAUGGAUAUAUUUGAAUAUUUUAUGUAACUUAUGCCCGAAGAAUACGCCGCUUACCGACUUUGGACAUUUCACGACGUUUUUCUUCAUGCAUACGUUACAUAAACUAGUGUAUACACGGAGAGAGAUUUAUGGUAACAAUUACUACCAUUAUGGGAAUGGUUCCCAUAAUGCAUGGUAACUGGUUUUCUUGAUAUGUUGAUUAUAGGAACGGCACCCAUAUAUUGUAGUUAUCAUUACUAUAAUAUUAUAGUAACCAUUACCUUGAUGUAUGGUAACCAUUACCAUAAUAUAUGGUAACCACGACUAUAUAUUAUGGUAAUGGUUACCAUAAUAUUAUGGUAACCAUUACAACAUCAUUAUGGUAACCAUUACUAUAACAUUAUGGUAACGAUUACCAUAUAUAUGGUAACCAUUACCAUAAUUCUUUCAUAUGCGAUAUGGGAACUGUUACCAUAAUUAUAGGAAUUAUUCCCAUACUUAUGGGAACUUUUACCAGAAAGUAUGGGCUUAUAUCCCAUAAUUCCAAGUAAUCAUUACCAUAACGGUAUGGGAUGAUAUUUCAUAAACGUACUAGGAACGGUUACCAUAAAUUUCUCUCCGUGUACUUCUAGUGACAUCGAGUAUUUUACUCUCGUGUGUUGGCAAUACUCGAUUCGCUCGAUGUAUAAGAAACUAUUUCGUGAUUAUGCUGACGAUAAUGAUAUAAUAUUAAUUGAUAAGACUUUUAGUUAGUUUUUUUUUUAGAAGGUUAUUAUUAUUUAUAAUUUUUGAAUAGUGAGAUAUCUUACCGUAACGGAUCCAAAUUACGGUAAAUUACGGUGGAUUUACCGCAAUUUAUGGCAGCUUUGCCGUAAUUUACGGCAAAUUAACCGUAAAAGUGCGAGAAUCCCCCAUAAAUUACGGCAAUCUACCUCAAUUGCGGCGAGUUUACCGUAAAAUUCUGGAAAUUACGGUGAUUCUCACCGACUUUUUAUGGUCAAUUUACCGUAAAUUAGGUCCGCUAGGGUAAUCAAUAAUUUGUGACAUAAACUAGUGAUUAAAUAGCUCGAUUACGAUAUGUUUUGAAAUGGGGUUUUCUCGGUUUUGCUAAAGAUUCAGAGAUUUUUAUGAAAUUUUAUGAAAUUAAGUAACGGAUGAAAAAAAUGAAACGAUCGAUUGAUAUUCGACUGAAUGAUCUCAAUUUUUUAUAAAAUCUAAGUCGUGAUAAAUUUUUUCUAUUAUCAAGUUAAUUGAAAUUGGUUAAAAUUCGAGGUAUUUUAUACAUAUAAAAAUAAUCAAAAUAUCUAAAGUUUCAAACAUCGAACUGUAGUCAAAAAUUGAUUUUUUGAAAAUUUUCAAAAUAGGAAAUUAGAAAACCUGUAAUUUUUUGACAUCUAAAAAUUAACUAAUAUGUCAAAUGUAAUUUAUUCAGCAUAAAUUUUUCAAAUAGUUUUGAGUUAAUGAGAAAUGUUCAAAAAUGAAUACUGCUUAUAAAUGAUAAUUCGCCUUGAGUUUUUCGUUUAAAACUUCUGCCACGGCUAAACUAUUAACUUAACAGAAAAAAGUUUGAAAUACAUUUUACAGGAAAUUUUAUUCUCUACAAAAAAGGUCCUUAUCAAAAUUCUCAUAGAUACACUAGUUCAAAAGUUACAUGCGUCCAAAAUUAUGCGCAGUAUCCCCCCCAAUACUUUUAGAUCAUUACGUUAACAUUUCAAGUCUCUAUAACUUUUGAAUAACUACACCUACAGUAAUUUUGCUCAGGACCUUUUUUGUAGAAGACAAAAUUUCCUACAAAUCAUCUUCUACAAAUUUUUUCAUAACAUCAAUACUUUAACUGUGGCACAUACUCAAGCGCGAAAUUUGAAACUUUGUAAUCUUUGGGCAAUUUAUCUAAGCUCAUUACAUAUAUAAAUUUAACUAAGUAGGAAGUAUAUAUACUUAAAAUUUAUAUACUUUUCUUCUUGACUUAAUUAUAUAAAAAAAUCCUACAUCCGAUACCUCUAAAUCAUUAAAGGAGCUUAUAUUUAAUAUUUAAUAAUUUAAAAAAAAACUAAUCCGCGAUUCUUAAGAACAAAGAAGAAGAAAUAUUAUUUUUUCAAAACUUUAUUUUAUAUAUAUUGUAAGAAAUCUUUGAGGCUUAAAGCCAAAUUAAUGACUUGUAAUUAAUGUUAUAACAAA